AUGGGUAAUCAAUGUUUGAGUUGUCUUAGAAAGUUAGUUUAAAGAUAAAACAUUAAGAAUAUGAGCGAAUUACCUCAAACUGAUAUUCAUCAGCAAGACGAGGCAUAUACAAAAGUGGAUAAUGUUGAUGAGUCAGAAAAUUAUCAUGAACAUUCAGAAGAGCAAAUUCUGGCAAUUUCAGAUAAUGUAUAAGAAACUAUUGACUAAUCAAUUGAUAUCUUUCUUUACAGGAUCAAGACUACUAAAGAGUUUGAGGAGAUUUUUAGGGAUGAUUAACUUGCAAUCCUAUUUAAGAGUUUUAAACAUGCAGAGAGAUACACGGUAAUAUAAAUAAAAUACGAAUUCAAAAUGAAGAAGACAUGCAUUAACGACUUUUUGAAUUAUACUUAUCUAACUCACAUAGAUUAAUUUACUACAUUGCAGACAACAAGUGAAUUCUAACUAAUUUAUGCAAGUUUCAAGAAAAUUUAAUUUGUUGACUCUAGAGAAUAUGUUUUCAUCAAAUAUUAGAAGCAGCUUUCUUAACAUAAGUAUAUCUAAGUAAUUCGCUCUAUUAACUCUGAUUAAUCAUAGUAAACUACAAGGGGAAUUAUUUAUAUAAGUGGUUUUCUUUUGGAAGAAAUGCCAAAUUAAGAGAUAAGAGUCUAAGCAUAUGCUGAAGUAGAUUUUAAGAUCAAAUUACCUCCUGGUAUGAUAAAGAAGGCAUUAUCUAUUGAGCUUAAAAGGGCCCUUUAAUAAUUCAUUAAUUGA